UGUUGCACAAGCCUUACGAAGCGUUUCCUCGAUAUUCUCGUCGACUGGGAAGACAUAGAGAGAGAGAGAGAGAAAGAGAGAGACAGAGACGAAAUGCUGUCUGUGCUGGUUCUCACUGUACUCCUCGGUAUCAUCAACCGCUCCAUUGCCUUCUUUGAGUACUCUGAUGAUGAAGAGAAGAUCUCAGUAAAGUUCUUUGGAAAAAGUGAUUUUUUCUCACUUAUCGACUGUCAUUACCCAAUAUGUUUAAAUGUUACCAAAAACAUCACGGAAAAUGAUCAAUUAUACUUCGACAUUGUGGAAACGUCCGGAAAAAUACAAUCCGAUAAUGUACAAUUUCCAACUAACCAUUCCGAAGAACUUUGUGAUUUGUUGAAAGAUUUAAAUCGUACUUUAGUCAUGGAUAUGUUUCUAAGUGUAUUUGGCAUGGAGGAAAAGCAUUGUCCGAUAAUGGCUCGAGAUGUAUUGGAGUUAAGUACGCUCGAACCGGAACUGUUUACGCACCUUGGCAAUGGACACUUUAAGUUCACAGUAACUUUAGAAAAAUCCGAAAAUGCGAGCGAGACGACCUAUUUUUCUUACUUGGGUGCGAAUAUUACUCUAGAUCUACAGACGAAACAUUGUAUCGAUAACAUAAACGCAUUCGGUAACAAAUUGCUACAUAAUAUUAAUUAACAACACACUGGUUUUAUAAUUGAUGGCUCAGACUCUCCUCCGCAAUUUUUGUGGGAGCGUAGAACGUAGAUUAUUCUCUUAAAAUGAGUCAGUGAAAUAUCACUGAAAGCAGUGAAUAUACACUGAUUUGCAGUUAUAAGUGUUGCAC